GUUAGGUAGAAGACAAAAGAAACGGCUCCCUCUGCUGUUCUUCUUAAAGUCUUUUCUACUGCCACCCGUUAACAGAGAGGCCACAGCCUUGCAUCUCUAUUCAAAUAUAGAUAUUUAUUUUUUAAUUUUUUAAUUUAAUUUCUUUUUUUUAAAACUAUUAUACCUCGUUGUUACUGAUUUAUUGUUGGGUUUGAUAUUAAUAAUAUAGAUUAAUACUCCAUUAUCACUAAUUUUGGCUAUUCUUAGCGAUCCACAUUAUCUGGUUUGAAGUAGAGAUAAUAAUACUGGCGCCACGGAGUUGGAGGUUCUGGGAUCUGAAGUUGAGCCUGAGGAGGAAGAUUUCUGGGUUUUGUUUUUAUUUUUUUUUUCGAUUUGACAUCUGGGUUGUCGAAGAGAAGAAAGGGCUUUUGAAGAAAUACUCGGGGCAUUUCGGUCAUUGUUGAACUGAUCUGUUCGGGAACACUGUAUUGACCGAGAAUGUGGUGGAUGAUGAGUAAUGAAGGUGGUCAUUACUGUUCUAAAAAGAGUGAUGAUAUUUGCGGUAAUGUCUGUGGCCAGGAAUCAAGUCGAGGUCUAACCAUGUCAAGAAUACGCUGCAUUCUUCGUGGCUUAGACUUGAAGACCUAUAUAUUUCUGUUUGCACUUGUCCCAGCAUGCAUGUUUGGCAUCUAUGUGCAUGGUCAGAAGAUCUCAUACUUUCUGCGACCACUGUGGGAAUCCCCACCCAAACCCUUUCAUGAAAUCCCACACUAUUAUCAUGAGAAUGUGUCAAUGGAGAGACUGUGCAAACUUCAUGGUUGGGGGAUCCGUGAAUACCCUAGACGUGUAUAUGAUGCUAUUUUGUUCAGCAAUGAGCUGGACAUUCUCACUAUACGCUGGAAAGAAUUGUACCCAUAUGUAACUCAGUUUGUUCUCCUUGAGUCUGAUUCAACAUUUACUGGAAAGCCAAAGCCUCUAGUUUUUGCAGCCCAUCAAGAUCAAUUUAAAUUUGUGGAGCCACGUUUGACUUAUGGGACAAUUGGAGGGAGGUUUAAGAAAGGAGAAAACCCAUUUGUGGAAGAGGCAUAUCAGCGAGUGGCACUGGACCAACUUCUGAAAAUUGCUGGUAUUACUGAUGAUGACUUGUUGAUAAUGUCUGACGUUGAUGAGAUUCCAAGUAGACACACUAUCAAUCUGUUGAGGUGGUGUGAUGAAAUACCUUCAGUCCUUCAUCUUCGGCUGAAGAAUUAUCUGUACUCUUUUGAGUUUCUUGUGGAUAAUAACAGCUGGAGAGCUUCAGUCCACAAAUAUGAGACAGGUAAAACUCGGUAUGCACAUUAUCGCCAAUCAGAUGACAUCUUAGCAGAUGCAGGGUGGCAUUGUAGCUUCUGCUUCCGCCAUAUCAAUGAGUUUACAUUUAAAAUGAAAGCAUACAGCCAUUUUGACAGAGUUAGAUUCUCUUACUUUUUAAACCAUAAAAGAAUUCAGAGAGUAAUCUGCAAGGGGGCUGAUUUAUUUGAUAUGCUUCCAGAGGAGUACACAUUCAAGGAAAUCAUUGGAAAAAUGGGACCAGUACCUCAUUCUUUCUCAGCAGUUCAUCUACCAUCAUAUCUUUUGGAAAAUGCCGAUAAGUACAAAUUUCUCUUGCCUGGAAAUUGCUUACGAGAAAGUGGGUGACAAUCUUAAAUAAGUUUAGAUGUCUGUUCUUUGUAAAGUUCAGUCGGAGCUGCAGGUUCUGUGACUCCUCAUGAAGGGCUCAGUGGAUUAACUAUGACCAGUGUGUUACUGACAUAGCUAUGACAUAAAUCCAGGUGAAUUCUUGUACUUCAUUGGGAAAUGUCUGGGGAGCUGGACAAAUCUUGGAACUUUUAGGGUAAAUUUUUGUAUAUAUCUCUGUAUUUGGGUUUUAUUAUGGUGAAGCAUGCCCAUUCGCUGAGGGUAGACCUUACUGUGAUUGGAUGAGCAUGUUGUUUCAGGGUUAUGUAACUUAUCACUUGUGUUUUGGAUUCCCAGAUAUACCGAAAAAGUAGUUUGAGGUUCUUGCAUAUGUCCUCAUGUUAGGAAGUUUUGUUUUGAGACAUUUAUUUAUGCAUGUUUAGUUAAACUCCUUAAUUUGUACUAUCUGAUUACUUUUAGACCAUAUACAACGUUUAAAAUUGCAUUUGUUUUGA